GGAGAAACCAACUUGUCACAACGUGAGAAGGGUUUUGGAAGCAACCAUUAUCAAAAGCAGCCAUUACCCAGAUUAGAAAACUGAAAGCUGGGGUAACUCAAACACUGACUGCAACAGGGAAUCAUUUCCCUGGACUGUCAUGGACUUUCAACGAAAUGAAUUGAACCGUCUUGCUAAUGAACGUGCAACUCAGUUUUGGGAAUGUAAAUCAGCUGGCAAAACACCUGCCAACUCAAGUGUCUUAUCCUAACGUAAUGGGUGACUAAAUACACAUUCCUGUGCUAGAGAUUUAAAUAAUCCUUUAGAGCACCGUGAGAGUACCAGAGGCUUUGGCAGACAGAGGAAAACCUACGAAAGAGGAUGAACAAGCUGCAGAGACUGCUUCAGAACAAGAUCCUGGUCCUGACAAUAUGUGCUGCUGGGAUUGGAGGCACGUUCCAGUACGGUUACAACCUCUCCAUCAUCAAUGCCCCAGCGUCAUACAUCCAGAUGUUCAUGAACACGACGUGGCUGGAGCGCAUGGGCGUUCCCUUGGAGAGCAACGUGAUCCUGCUGCUCUGGUCCUUCACAGUCUCUGCCUACCCUCUGGGAGGCCUCACUGGGGCUGUGGUUGCUGGGCCCAUGGCCAUCAUGCUGGGCAGGAAGAUGUCCCUGCUGCUGAACAAUGUCUUUGUGAUCAUAGCUGCAGCCUUGUCCGGGUUCAGCAGAAUGGCCAAAUCCUUUGAAAUGAUUAUGCUCAGCAGAUUUUUUACUGGCGUGAAUGCAGGUGUAAGCAUGAACAUUCAGCCCAUGUAUCUGGCAGAGAGUGCCCCAAAGAAGCUCAGAGGAGCUGUGGCCUUGACCUCUGCAUCAUUUACAGCCCUGGGGCUGGUGCUGGGCCAGGUUGUUGGACUCAGGGAGCUCCUAGGAGGGGAGGAGAGCUGGCCAUUCCUUUUAGCAAGCAAUCUGGUUCCUGCCCUGAUCCAGCUCACAGCUCUGCCUUGGUUACCUGAAAGUCCCAGAUACCUCUUGAUUGAUCGUGGAGACAAAGAAUCCUGCAUCUCUGCACUUCAGAAACUCAGAGGCACCAGUGAGCUGAGUGCAGAGCUGGAAGAGAUGCUGGCAGAGCAGGCUGCUGUUAAAGGCCAGAGAGCAAAGAACCCGUGGGAGCUGUUCCAGAAUCCAGCUCUGAGGUGGCAGCUGGUGAGCAUCGUGGUGCUGAGCAGCGCCAUGCAGCUCUGCGGGAACGACUCGAUGUAUUCUUAUGCAGCUUACGUGUUCCAAGAGGCUGGAAUUCCUCAGGACAAAAUUCCCUAUGUUGUAAUCGGCACGGGAAGCUGUGAGCUGAUCACAUCUGUCACUUGUAACAUGAUUAUAGACUAUGCUGGCCGGAGGCCGCUGCUGCUGGGGGGAUACAUCUUCAUGGCAGGAUGGGCCAUUGUCUUCAUGGUCGCUCUGAGCCAGCAGACUCAGAUUAGCUGGAUGCCUUAUCUCAGCAUGGCCUGCAUUUUCGCCUAUAUCCUGAGCUUUGGAAUCGGACCAGCUGGUGUGACAGGAGUUCUGCCCACAGAAGUUUUUGAUCAAAUGUCCCGACCAGCUGCUUACAUGAUCUGUGGCUCCCUGCUCUGGUUCAACCUAUUUCUGGUUGGAACAGCCUUUCCAUUCAUUGUGAAAAGUCUAGCACAUUUCUGCUACAUCCCAUUCCUUGUGGUCUGUGUGUGCACUGCCCUCUACGUUUGGUUUAUCCUUCCUGAGACAAAGGGGAAGUCCUUCCUGGAAAUCUCGGAGGAGUUCAGGAAACGGAACUUCAAAACUAAGACCCGUGCAGGUUUCUAUAAAGGCCCUGAGGAGAUCAAAACCACCACAUUCUGCUGCCAGAGCACGCCCAGAGCCCUGGCAGUAGCACAGAGCUCACCAGCUAUCCCCAGCUUCAUCAGCAACCAACACAACAACAAAAACCACACAGCAUGGCAAACCAAAGGGAGCAAAAUGAGCUACAACCUUUUUCUCCUGGCUUUUGUCCUGGGCAUUACUGGAGCUUUCCACUAUGGAUUGCAGGUCUCCAUUAUCAAUUCUCCUGCUGAGUUCAUCCAAAGUUUCAUCCGGGAGACCUGGCUGAAGAGAUAUGGCUCCUCUCCCAGUGCAGACAUGAUCACCUUGGUGUGGUCCUUUACUGUGUCCAUUUACAGCAUCGGUGGGCUCCUGGGCUCCUCGUCUGCUGGGUACUUGUCUGUUAGGUUUGGAAGGAAGAAGGCCCUGCUGCUUGCCAACAUCCCUGCUCUGCUGGGUGCAGCUCUGAUGGGACUCAGCCGGCUGUGUGGGUCUUUUGAGAUGAUCAUGGCUGGAAGGUUAUUUUCUGGAGUCUGUGGAGGUUUAGCUCAGAAUGUCCAUAUCAUGUAUGCUGGGGAAUGUGCUCCACGGAAGCUCCGAGGGCUGAUUGCCAUAACAGCUUCUACCUCCAUUGCUGCUGGAAAAUUUGUAGGAUUUGUUCUGGGUCUCAGAGAAGUUCUUGGAGUGGAGGCUCUCUGGCCAAUUCUCCUGGCAGCCAAUGCAGUCCCUGUCCUGGUUCAGCUUCUCACCCUCCCCUUCUUCCCAGACUCUCCUCGCUACCUGCUCAUUGACCAAAAGGACAAGGAGGGAUGCAUCAAAGCUGUGAAGCAGCUCUGGGGAGAUGGGGACCAUAUGGCUGAAAUAGAUGACAUGAUGUCAGAGCAGAAAGCCAUCCGUGGGGAGAAGGCCAAGAGCGUUUGGGAGCUGCUGCGGGACAGGGCAGUGCGCUGGCAGCUCAUCAGCCUGUUCCUCGUGGUGUCCUGCAUGCAACUCAUCGGGACCAACGUGGUUUACUUUUAUGCAUACAGUAUCUUUACAAAGGCUGGAAUCCCCCCUGCUCAAACCCAUUAUGUGUCCCUGGGGGUUGGGACCGCUGAGAUCCUCUCCACAGUUCUGUGUGGAUUACUCAUCGAGCGUGCAGGGAGGAAGACACUGCUGUGGAAAAGCUACACAGUGAUGGCCUUGGCUCUAGGGCUCCUCACAGUCACGCUCUCACAACAGGACUCCUAUUUCUGGGUACCAUACUGCUCUGUUGCACUUGUCUUUAUUUUCAUCAUGAGCUUUGGCAUUGGGCCAGGAGCAGUAGUAUGUCCCUUGAUCACAGAAAUAUUUAUUCAGUCAUACAGACCAAGUGCUUAUGUUUUUAAUGGUGUUACAAACUGGAUCCAACUCUUCGUCCUUGGGCUUGUGUUCCCGUUCAUUGUGGAAGCUCUUGGUAAUUUGUGUUUCAUCAUUUUCCUCACAUACUGCCUGUCCAUGGCUAUUUUUGUAUUCCUGGUGCUGCCAGAGACCAAAGGAAAGAGCAUGCUGCAGGUCAUGGAGGAGUUCAACCGCCUGAACUACCGUGGAAAGAAGGGACGGGCAGCCCUGCAGCAGAGUAACUGCUCAGUGGUGACUGUUACUCGGCUUUAAGAACAAACCCUCCACUUUGUAUUUUGUUCUCUUAUUACUGUAGUGCCCAGAAGUCUCACUAAGCAAGACAGAAUCCAUAGAUCCACCAAAAAAUCACCUUCAGCACAGGGUACAGCAUGAACUUGGUGGUUCUCUCCAGCUCCUGAAAUAUGAGCUGAAUUCUUCUGUAGAAAAAAAAUUAACACUGUUUAUAGAGAAAAUAAGAUCUUUUCCAUCCCUCCAAGCUUGCAGUUUUAAACUGAAGACACAGGAUCUGCUAUUUUCUUGGCAAAACCAAGGCUCCACUGUUGGGAGAAGUGAUUCUGGAAGGUCCAGAGGUACAGCAAACUUGCAAAGACAGAGCUUUGACACUGAAAUUAUCUGCUCCUAUUAACAAAUCAGUGCCCAUGAGCUUUCCCAGAGAAGAAGCUUCAGUUGACAGGAGAAGAAGUGUUUAACUCUUUAAUGCAGUGAAAGAAGAGUGCCUUGCCCAUCAGCAGGCAGAAUCAGUAUCUAGUGUUCCCCCCACGUUUACAAUCUUGGAGAUUCUUCUAUUGGGAAAAACAGGAAUAAUGGACAAAGAAAGCAGAGCAGCAGGAAAUCAUGAGUGGGCAAAUCCAGUCUGCAGAUUCUCCUUCUUCAUUGACAAUGACUGUGUAGUGUCUCUUCAGCCUGGAGAGCACUGGGUUUCAGUGGGAUUCAGCCCCGAGAGUAACUGGUACUGAGGAGACUGAGAAGAGGAACACCUUUCUUGAAGAAUUUAUAACAGUGUGACUGUUUGCUUUUCUUUCCAGAUCUCUGAAUACUUCACAUUGUCAUUCUAAAACCUGGUAAAAACAGCUUCACAUUUGUGUUCAUUGCUGUAUGACAUGACACAGUUUUGGUCUUCUUCAUGCUACAGUUUUCUGAUGAGGAAAUAAAAAGCAGUGACUAGGGAAGCACGUCCUUCUGAUUGUGCCUGGAUAGAUUUUCACAGAAAGAAGAGUCAGGGACAGAGGAGAUUCCAUCUUCUGGGGCAGUGUUGUUGGGGUCA